AUGACGGACAAACGCGCCGAUGAAGACAUCUUCUGGGUCAAAGAAGAGAACGAUGGCAGCGACGAAGAGUCGGAAUCCUCCUCAGAUCCCACGGCUUUCAGCUUGUCCCUCACCCCCGAGGAUAGUCAAUCCGGCGGAUACCACGUGAGAAACCGUCUUGGCCAGUACCAACGUCCAGUCGUCUCCUCAUUUCACGGGGGUUACUCGUGGAAGCCCGCCUUCCGAGUGAGCUGCUGCGCCAAAGCUAUGAUCCACGGGCUCAUGGGUGGUACGUCUCAAAAGGCAGCGACUUUACUAGUUUACGAGUUCAAGUUUAUUACCUCCCGAAGCGAGACUCGCAUCAAAGCGGCCAGCAUAUCAUUCGAAUUCAAAGCCGAUCCGAAAUCAAAAGCUGCCACCACUCCCAGCGUUGCAAAGGUCCGCCCAUGUGGUGUCCUUAAAAUGGAGGAGACAGUCCAGAAUGAGGUCUCCAAACUCGGAAUAUCGAUGAACAUUGGACCUAGCGUACCUGUAGUGGAUGUCAGCUUGGCCCCGUCGAAGGAACGGGUCGUGACCCAAGAUGUCAAGUAUUACACAAUUGUUAACGGCGACAAUCCACCAGAUGAAGACUUCGGUGAUCGUUUCUUAGCCUCGUUUACGCUACAGGAAAAUAAGGCACAAGAGUCAGGAAUCCCGUCGGAAUUCACAGUGGCCAUUCUACUGGAGCGAGAUAGCGAUGCGGAUUUCAUGAUGGUUCCGCGGAUCGAAGCAACACCAGACCUUGCCACAAGAGUAGUCUCACUGGUAUCAUCAAGAACACCAGAUGAACCAGUCUACUUCAGGGUAGAUGAAGAACCUUUCAACCAACUCGACAGGGAAGUGAAGAUUGAACGGGACGGUCUAGGAAACACGGACCUGGAGGAUUUGUGGGACUGUACGACGUAUAACAAGUACGGCAGAGCUGUGAAGAUGUCUACGAAGUAA